AUGGCCAAGUUGGACAUCAACACAAAGAUCCGCCUACUCUCAGGGCAUGAAAUACCGCGACUGGGCUAUGGUAGGUCAAUCAAUCUCCGUGAGCUUCGAAGACGAGCGGAGAGCCCGGAAGGCGUCUCCAAGGUGUUCUCAUACGAGCUUGCCUCUGCUCCAAAUCUACUCCAAUAGGCUUCCAGCUAAGCUUGCGCAUUCGCUCUACUGUCGUGACAACAGAGCUAAUACCGUCACCAGGUGUCUAUAAAACGUAAGACUUGCGCAAGAAAUACUCUGUAACACCAUCUCACGACUCUUCAGACCAGCCGAUGUCUCUGAAGACGUGACAGACCACGCAAUCAAAUCCGGCUACCGCCAUGUGGACUCGGCAACCGCGUACAGGAACGAAGAGCCCACCGUAAAAGGAAUGCUAAAAUCGGGCAUUCCACGUGAUCAACUAUACUUCACCUCCAAAGUCCCACCCAAGGAGAUCAACUACGAAGGCGCGAAGAAGUGCGUGGAUGAGUCGCUGAAGAAGACAGGUCUGGAUUAUAUCGAUCUCUACCUCCUACAUGCUCCCUACGGUGGUAAAGAAGGCAGAAUCGGUGCGUGGAAGGCGCUUGUAGAGGCUGUGGAUGCUGGCAAGGUGAAGAGUAUCGGUGUCUCGAACUAUGGCGUGCACCAUCUCGACGAGCUGGAGCAGUGGCAGAAGGUUUGUCUUGUUCGAAUAGUCGUGCCGGAAGCCUUACUUAUCUUUCCUACCCAACAGUCGCAACCCGCCGAGAAAGCCGGCGUUCUCAGCGUCAACCAAGUCGAACUCCACCCCUGGCUCGCCCGACCAGACAUCGUGUCCUGGUGCGAGAGACGCGGCGUGGUCCUCGAAGCCUACUCGCCUCUCGUGCGAGCUACUCGCAACGACGAGCCCGUCCUCCAACAUCUGUCAAAGAAGUACCACAAGACUCCAGCCCAGAUCCUGCUCCGCUGGGGUCUGCAAAAGGGCUUCGUCAUCCUGCCUAAGAGCGUCACGCACAGCCGGAUCGAGGAGAACCGGGGUUUGUACGACUUUGAGCUCGACCAGGAAGACAUGAAAAGCCUGAAUACGGGCAGGUAUGAGCCGUGUGCUUGGGAUCCGACAAAGGCGACUCUGGACGAGUAG